AUGUCCAGGUCAUUUUUCGUCGAUUCCCUCAUCGCAAAGCCCGCGCCGCCUCCGAUCACCUCCGGAGGCUACUUCUUCUCUUUGGUGCCGCCCUACUACCGCCCUUACUGGCCGACCUGCUGGGAACCUCCAGAGCAAUGUCUUCCCCGAAGACCGAGGCCGCUGAAGGGACUCCCCGCGCCGGAUUUAGAGCCAGCGGUACCUCACAUUCUCAAGACAGAAACGGAAUGCUCUCCACCACGGAAGCGUAGCCUGAGCGAGGAUGGCAGCGAAGAAAGUAGCUCCAAGAGGAUCAGGACCGCCUUCACAAGCACUCAGCUGCUGGAGUUGGAAAGGGAGUUCUCCUCCAACAUGUACCUCUCCAGGCUGAGGAGGAUAGAGAUAGCGACCUGCCUCAGGCUUUCCGAAAAGCAGGUCAAGAUCUGGUUCCAGAACAGGAGGGUCAAAGCCAAAAAGGAAGAAUCUGCUGGUGGCCCAGAAGCGCACAGGUGCAAUUGCCUAAGGUGA